AUCUUGAGCAAGCAGAAAUCUGGUAUAAAAAAGCACAUAUGAGAGAAAACCAGCUUAAAAAUUUUAUGCAUAUAAUUGCACAAGAAACUGGUAUUGAGUUGUCAAACAGGAAAAUUACAAACCAAUCAGGUCGAAAAACUUUGAUUCAAAGUUUAAAAGAUAUGGGUAAAUUUGAUUACGAAGUAAUGACAAAUUCAAAACAUAAAACAAUUCGUGGAAUGAUAUCAUAUGAGCGACCAAAAGAUAACUUACAAAUGAAAAACAUUUCAGAUCUAUAUAGUGCAAUUGCAUCAAAUAAUCAACUUGCUCAAAGUAAUCAAGUUAUCCAAAAUAGUCAAUUUACUCAAAUUAAUCAAAUCACCCAAAACGAUCAAACUACUCAAAACAAUCAAAUCACCCAAAAUGAUCAAACAAUGCAAGGAUUUAAAAAUGCAUCUGAUUUAUUAAAAG